UUAGCAGCAUGCACCUUUGACUUAAAAUUUACAUAUGUCGUAGCUGGCUGGGAAGGAACAGCAUCUGACUCACGAAUUUUAAAAAGUUCGUUGAAGCGAUCAUGUCCAUUAAAAUUUCCACGAGGUAAGUUCUAUCUUGGUGAUGCUGGUUUUGGCGUGAUGGGUGGCUUGAUUCCACUGUAUAGAGGGAAGCGAUACCAUUUGAAAGAGUAUUCACGUAACCCACCGAAGACUAUGCGUGAGCUAUUUAAUUUGCGACACUCAUCGCUCAGAAAUGCUAUUGAGAGAGCAUUUGGGGUCUUAAAAAAGAGAUUUCCAAUUAUGGCUAACGCAGAUGAACCAAAAUUUGAUGUUAGGAGGCACACAAGGAUCAUAUUAGCGUGCUGUAUUUUACAUAAUUUUCUUAUGGGCGUCGAUCCUGAUGAAGAUAUACUCAGAGAAGUGGAUGAAGAACUUGCCAACAGAACUGAUGUCGAACAUGAAAACCAAGCAGAUGAUGUUAAUGAAGAAGAUGACGUUGCAAGAGGACAAGUUGUUAGGGAUCGUAUCGGAAAUGGAUGUGGCGGGAUUACACCACUUAGGUGUUUGUGAAUUGUAUUAAAUAUGUUAGACUUAUUUGAUCUCUGGAAUACAUUAGUUAUUAAAACUCCGAAUUUGUUUUUUUUGUUUAUUUGUUUGCUCAUGGCUCUUGUAUGAAUUGCCUCCUUGUUC